UCCACAGGGUCAAAGUCUACACGAAACCAACAAUAGACUACAGAUAGAGUCGAGCUGAGGCGAUUUCACUUCGACAGGAGGUAGCAGUAACUUUGUUGUGUGUGUGUGUUUUUUUUUUUUUAAUUAUUUUUCAAGCCGAUGGCUCCACUGCUGAAGUGCAGCGUUUUUAUCCUGCUGGCGUUCUUCUUAACGCUGGUUCCUGUGGGGGCAGAAGGAAAUGGGCCAGUGUUACACAGACAGAAAAGAGAAUGGAUCAUAGCUCCCAGAAAGCUAAUGGAGAACCAUGAUUACACCGGCUUGGAGAGCAUUGCCAGAAUUCGCUCUGAUAAGGAGAACUUCACAAAGAUAAUAUAUGACUUAACCGGGCCAGGUGUUGACCAGCCACCUUUCAGAGUAUUUUCUAUUGACCAUAACAGCGGCUUUGUGAAAGUCCACUCCAUUCUAGACCGAGAGAAUAUCCCCUUCUAUUACCUAAAAGGGCUGGCAAAAUACACUGACGGGACCAACGCUGAAAAUGUGCUUGACCUUAAAAUUAUUGUUGAGGACGUGAAUGACUGCCCACCAGUUGUUAAAGCACAGCAAGUUGGAUCUGUUAAUGAAUCUAGUGCAGCAGGUACUUUUGUCAUGAAAGUGAUCGCCACUGAUGCUGAUGAAGAGAACACACUCCGCUCCAAGCUUUACUACAGGAUUUUGGAGCAGAGUAACAUAGGUGGGAUGUUCCAAAUCAACGCAGAAACUGGAGUGGUCACGGUCCAACGGAACACUCUAGACAGGGAGAAACAAGAUAAAUAUACGUUGACUGUUGAAGUCUCUGACAUGUAUGGACAACCAGGAGGACACAAAGGAAGGGGACAAAUUCAGAUCAACAUUGGGGACAUAAAUGACAAUAUUCCAACCCUGGAAAAAGAAUUGUAUGAAGGGAGUGUGGAGGAGAACACUAUUAAUGUGGAAGUGAUGAGGAUCAAAGCUGUUGACAUGGAUCUCAUUCACACUGAUAACUGGCUGGCUGUCUUCGAAAUAGUUUCAGGGAACGAGGCAGGCUAUUUCAGCAUCACUACCGAUUCUAAGACCAAUGAGGGAAUUAUCAUGAUUCACAAGCCCCUGGACUAUGAGGCAGUCAAACUGCUCAAUUUGGAAGUGGGUGUUUCCAACAAAGCACAGUACAAUUUUGGUAGUGCGCAAAUAACAGGGGCCUCAGUCCCUAAACUCUACCCCGUUAAAAUCAAUGUGAUCAAUCAGAAGGAGGGCCCCCGUUUCCAACCAUCUGUCAAAGUGGUCACUAUCUCUGAGGACCACACUUCCGUCUUCAUCAACAAAGUCAUCACUAAUUAUGCUGCUAUUGACAGUGACACACUACAGAAAGCGACCAACGUAAGGUAUGCAAAAAUCAGUGAUGAUGACAACUGGCUGAUUAUUGAUGAGAAGACAGCAGAUAUUAGGCUGAAUAAACUGCCUGACAGAGAGUCCAAGUUCUUGAUCAAUGGAACAUAUUAUGCCAAAAUUAUAUGUAUCACCAAUGAUACGCCCUCAAAAACUGCCACAGGGACGAUAGCCAUUCAGGUGGAGGACUUUAAUGAUCACUGUCCAACACUGACUGCUACUACUCACACCAUGUGCCUUGAGGAUAAUGUGAUCUAUGCCACAGCCGUAGACAAGGAUGAGUUCCCCAAUUCAACACCGUUUGAGUUCAUUUUGAUUCCAGAGAGCAGCAACGGGAGAUGGACAGUGGAGCAUCUGAAUGGAACCACAGCCAUUCUGCGAGACCAAGCGAACUUGUGGCCAGGCACCUACAAAGUGGCAUUAGAGGUCAAGGACCAGCAGGGAAAGUCGUGUGCUGAUGUUCAGAUGAUGGACGUAACUGUGUGUGCUUGCAAUGCAAACACUAAAACCUGUUUGCCACGCUCAGCAAAGAGUGCAGGUUUUGGAGCUUCAGGUAUCCUGCUUCUGCUCCUGGGACUGCUGCUGCUGCUGUUGGUGCCCCUGCUGCUGCUGUUCUGCUUGUGCGGAGGUGCUACAGGUUGGGGAGACUUCAAGGAGAUUCCAUUUGGUACAAAACAACAGCUGAUUUCAUAUCACACUGAGGGACAGGGAGAAGACAAGGAAGUUCCUCUUCUACAUGUUCCAGUGGAAGUUGAUGCUGGCACAUUGACUACCAAGGACAUCAACAUUAAGUCUGGGGGAAGAGGGUACCUAACAGGAUUGACUGAAUUUGGAGAAGCAGCAGGUGGAGGAGCAGCAGGUGGAGGAGCAGCCUUUGGCGGCGCCAUGAAUUCAUCCACUCUCAGAGCUGAGAACAUGUACCAGUACCACCAUGAGAAACACUUUGGUGGGCAAGAGCAGACAGAAAUGGAGGGUGCAAACAUGGGGGCAGAACACCUUUACUCCCAAUACAGAACUGGGGUCUUUGAUGGGAUGAGUCUAUCUAAUCAGUUUCUGGGAGAGUACUAUUCAACUAAAUCAAACCAUGCUGCACAACGGUCCCAAGAGAAGGAUGGACUGCUGGUCUAUGACUAUGAGGGUGAGGGGUCCCUGGCAGGUUCUGUAGGUUGCUGCAGCCUUCUUGAGAAUGAUGUUGAUCUCGCGUUCCUCAAUGACCUCGGACCUAAAUUCAAAACCCUGGCUGAGAUUUGUCAAGGAUCAACCGUAGUGAUGGAGUCUGUGGAUGUUUCUAGUUCUCCUGUCAGACCAGUGUCCCCAGUCAGGCCUUCCACCUCCACCCACACACGUGUUCAUACUCACACAGAAAAAAUUAGGGACAGGGAUCAAAUUAACAUCAACACGGUCAACACCUCCAAUGUGGCAUCUGGAUCCUCUACCAUUGUCCAGGAGAGAAUCGCUGAGAGAUCCCAGGGUUCAGCAACUGUUCCCAAGGUACAUGUCCAGGACAAGCUCACCAUUCCUAGUCAGACACUGCUCAUACAGCAGCCCACUAUGUACUAUGCUGCUACACCCAUGUAUGUAGUCGAGCCCCAGCCCCAAGUGGUGCUUGUGGCGGGAGCCACCCAGCAGCAGGCAGCGGGUCAAGUAGGGCAAGUUGGGGUAAGUCAGGGGCUGGUGCAGGUCAGUGGUUUCCAAGGUACUCAGGGUGUGGUCCUUGUAGAUAGGCAGGUUGGAAUGGGUGGAGUGACAGGGCAGGUAGCACAAGGCCUUUCACAAGGAACAGUCUCCAGGUCCAGGAAAGUCUUGGUGGUGGAGAAUGGGUCCUUGGGUAGAGAGCAAGGUGAACACUUAGCGCAGGGAUUUGUUCAGACUGGACAGAGGUCUACCGAGCAGGGUUUGGAGGUCAGAGGUCGAGGUAUGCAGGAGAAAGCUCAGAGUUUUUCAAUGGGGUCACACGGUUCUUCAGGAUCAACCGAGGACUUUUCCCUGACAACCACACCCCCGCACCAAGGAAGCCAGAAAGUGGUUGUGCAACAUAAGAAAGUCACAGUCACUGAAAGAAAUAUUGAAUCUAGUUCAAGAGCAUAAAGCAAAGCCUUUGUUUAGCAUACCCCCGUUAGCAAAUAUGCUAUUUCAGUAUAUAAACAGAAUUCUGUUGCUACAGAUAGAGAGCUUGAUAAAUGGUGAAUUGAAAAUUACUCUGGCAUUUGUUCAUACCAAUUUCUCGUAUGCUGUCUGUAUACCUUAGAGUAUUACUGAAGUAUAGAGUAGAAUUGGGAGAAAACAAGAGGUUUUAAGAGGCAUCAUAUGACCUCUGUUAUUACGCUCCAGCUGAGGGAAGAGUCUGGCAAAACAUUUCUGGUCCCAAGAAAAACCACUUACUGCUGGCACCAAAUGCCGUAAAAGCACUGUAUUUAUUUCAGGUAAACUAGCGUGGCUUUAAGGCAGGAACAGCCAAAGUAAACAAAACUGAACUAAACCAGUCACACCUACAGUGUUUACUUUUCUAUGAAACAAAGAAAGCUACAACCCUCAGACCAAAUCUUCUAAUCAAAGAGAAUCUUGAUGAGGCAGAGAUCAAACAAAAAGGCCACUCAACUACAUCUCUUAGGGCAGAAAUAAGUCUACACUAAUCAAAGUCUAAUACCAGAUCAGCGAGUUCCCUUCCUGUUCCAGCUCCUGACCUGCCAGGCUGAAGUGGGAAGGGAACCGCUGGACUGGUUGUACUUGGUCUUAAAUCCCUGAAGGCUGCAUUUGGGAACCAGUCACCACCCAGAGCACCCCUGCACAAUCAAACUGGCCAACCAAUCAUAGCGCCUGGACUGCUAGUCAGACACAUCCGUCCCCCGAUAAGAACAAAAGGAGAGAGAAAAAUCAAACAAUCAAAAAUAAUGCAGUAGUGCUUAAAAAUUAUAGCUGUCUAAUUGUAACAUUAGACAGCUAGUGGGAACAUUGACUCUUUAAACCAAUGAUGACUUAUGUGCUUCUAAACUUUCACAGCAUUACUAUAAUAGAUGUGGGAUUGGAAAGUGGAAAAUUAGAUAAUUGAAAGCCAAUACUCAUGGUAUUGGUACGCCCAAUACACUUAUCAAACUCCUGCAGACAUAGUAGAAUCAUUGUGCUGGGGGCAGUUAAACUCUUACUUAGUGCUCUUUUUGAUAAGAAUCAGCACAGAAUCAGAAAGUUUCUGUAUUUCGUAUCAUGUUGCAUUCAUUCAUACAGGCUUUGAACAACAGAUUCAGUGCUCCGAGUGCUGUAUAUUUUAGUGUAUAUUUCUAAAGAUACUUUGCCUUUGUAAUAUUUUAGCUUUAGCCAUAAGCUGUUCUGCUGACCUUUGGAUUGUUGAGCUUAGUUAUACUAUAACUAGUAAAGAACUUUUCUAUGGGUGGCUUCCUUGGAAACUGCAUGACGCAUAGAUAAAUGCUGUUUGUAGUUUACGACUGAUAAAAGCACCGUCUGCAGAAGAACCAAAGCCCAAGCCCAUGAUUUAGUGCACCAAGAAGGGAUGAGAUUCUUUUUAUCAGUAUGCAGCAUAGUCAUUAUAGACUAUAAACCAAAGAAAACAACACCACACAAAUUCUUUAUAGUAUUGUUGCACUCUUUAUUAUUUCUACAGAAUAUGUGUGGAUUAUGGAUUUUCCAUGUUGUUCUUGCACAAAAAUAAAAGUAACUCCAAAAGAUAAAGUACAUUACUUUAAGGUUGUAAAAGUAUGUUUUUACACAUGUAUAUUGUGAUAUAAUUCCCAGAUGAAGUUUUAAUACGUUUUUAUUGUGUGUUUGUGCGAGUGUUUGUGUGUGUUUAACAUAAUUUGGGUAUUUGGAUGGGAAAAGUAAUCGAGUAUGAGCUUGCCAAGCACUGAAAACAUUUGGUGGAAUGACAUUGUUUGACAUUGCUGUUCUUGCAAUUGGUAGAUAGGCAUUUUUGUCUGUAGUUUCUAAUCUGCUGUAUGAAUAUGGCAUAUAUUGCUUUAGAACAGUCCAGUACUAAAGCUUUUUUUAAGUUUUGCAUCUCCUAUCAUAAUAAAAUCUAAUUUUA